GGCAGCUUCAUCGCAUCCCGCCAGCUCCAGCUUUUAUACACCCACAAACACACACACACAUAUUACAGGAGGGCUUGUCUGUAAAAAGACAACAUGGCAGUCGUGAGGUCUGUCCUGAGGCUACUUGUCUGAUCUGACUCCUCUGACCUCACCCCAGUGUGCACCUGAGCUGUGGUCCUUCUCAGGGUGAGUGAGCCCCAUCUGGAGCAGGUUUGAUAUGGCAGGUGAGAAGGGACGUCGCAGUGCUAUGGACAUCAAGCGCCUGGCAGGGCUGCUGCAGCGCGGGGCCUGCCGCCUGCUCGUCAUUGACAGCCGAACCUUUUCUGAGUAUAACGCUUCACAUGUGCAUGGCGCUGUCAACAUUUGCUGCUCCAAGCUCGUCAAGAGAAGACUGCAGCAGGACAAGGUGUCCAUCACUGAGCUUCUGCAGCCCAACGGCAAGGUCAAGGUUGAUCUGGGCAGGAGGCACGAGGUGGUGGUGUAUGAUCAGAGCACUAAAGAUGCUGGUCAGCUUUCCAAAGACGGCUUCGUCCACAUUCUCCUGAGCAAACUGGAUGGGACUUUUCAUAAAGUAUCUCUGCUUACAGGUGGCUUUGCAGCAUUUUCAUCCUGCUUCCCAGGUCUGUGUGAGGGAAAGCCAGUGACCACUUUGCCCAUGAGCCUCUCCCAACCCUGUCUGCCGGUGGCCAACGUUGGCCCUACACGCAUUCUGCCCCAUCUGUAUUUGGGUUCUCAAAAAGAUGUGCUUAACAAGGACCUGAUGGCCCAGAAUGGCAUCACUUAUGUACUUAACGCCAGCAACACCUGUCCCAAACCUGAGUUCAUCUCCGAGAGCCACUUCAUGCGGAUUCCUGUCAAUGACAACUAUUGUGAGAAACUCCUACCUUGGUUGGAAAAAACCAAUGAGUUUAUAGACAAAGCCAAGCUUUCCAACUGCCGAGUUAUUGUCCAUUGUUUAGCUGGCAUCUCCCGGUCUGCCACCAUUGCUAUUGCUUACAUCAUGAAGACAAUGGGCCUGUCGUCAGAUGAGGCAUACAGAUUUGUUAAGGAUCGCAGACCUUCAAUAUCACCAAACUUCAACUUUCUGGGUCAGCUGCUAGAGUUUGAGAAGGGUCUGCAGCUGCUGAAGGUGUUGUCUUCAGGUCAGGAGAAAAGUGAGCAGCCCUCUUUGGCAAAGGAACCCACUGGAGAAGCCAUCUCCAAACCAGAAAAAGCUCGACUAGAGGGAGAGUCUGAGGUCAAGCUGCCAUCACCUUCAUCUCUUCAGCAAGGCUUUAAUUGCCUUAACCUCUCAGCUGAACGAAUUCUGGACACAAAUCGACUCAAGCGCUCCUUCUCAUUGGAUAUAAAGUCAGUCUAUACACCAAACCAGUGUCCUACACCCAUUCACAGUGAGGAUGUCCCCAAACUCUGUAAACUGGACAGUCCCAGUCCAGGAUUCUCGAAUGGGGUAUGUCAGUUGUCCCCAUCCUUGGACAGCCCUGGUUCAGCUGAUCUACCAAGCCCAGUUGCCGAAAGCAGCUCAAGGGUGCGAUUGCGCAGGAAAAACAAGCACAGUGGAGCUACCUCACCUGUGCAGUCACUAAGCCUGAGCUUCGGACAUUCGCUGUCCGGGCACAAAAGUCUGAGCACAGACGAGAAUCUAAAGUCUUCGAUGCUGCUUGGCUUGCCUGUAGCUGGCACUGGCCCUAUGUGGACCAAACACCGUGACACGUCACAAGCCACCACACCCGUCACACCCACGGGUGAGGCCCCGUGGUUCUAUGAAACGUUGAAUGGUGGAGGAGGUGGUUCGGGUGCAGUGCCCUUCACGCCUCUGAAAUGCAGCACUCUCCCUGGGGGAUGUGAGGCUGUACGGUUACGUCAAAAAACAGGCGAAGUACGGGAGUCGCGAGCAAGCUGGCAUGAAGACGCACCGAUGUCUGCCGCCAGUGCAGACAAACAGUUCAAACGUCGAAGCUGUCAGAUGGAGUUCGAGGAAGGAAUUUCAGACACAAGGUCCAGGGAGGACCUGGGGAAGAUCGGCAAGCAGUCCAGCUUUUCGGGGAGCAUGGAGAUUAUUGAGGUGUCCUGACAACUGCAGUGCUUGUUGGGAUCAAAGGAUAGAAGUGGACAGGUGCCACCCACAAGAGAGGGAGGACUGAUUCUUCCUGACUUGAGGAGCAUUUGGUUUAGUUCUGGAUCAAAUGACUGUGAAAAAUCAGACAAUGGGAUUUUUGUGUUUGUUUGUAUCUGAGGUUAAAGCUUGAUUAAGGUAGACUUGAUGCUGUCUCCUGUGUUUAUAAGCCAUCACCAUCCCAGAAGUAUUUGGGAGAUCUAAGGACAGAACUGCUGUAGACAGCUGCAGCAUAGAACUGUCGUGUGUAAAUAAUAUUUUCCAAUACAAAUGAAGCUUUACCAGUCUCCCAGUGUAUUGAGAUUUAAGCAUGGCUUGUCUCCUCUGGUCUCAUCCGCAUCUGGUAUUACUCUAUUACAGACUCAGUGUCCUUACCCCUCCAAAACUGAAUGAGCCCGCAUACAGACCUGUGCUGAACAGAUGAAGGCUUCUUUGUGCGCUGCUUUUGUGCUGCUCCGGUAUGCCAGUAAGAGUGAAUUUCUGGAGGAGGAUGCAGGAAUGUUAUGAAGAAAAAGCAUUGUGGAUGUUUUCCCACAGUGCCCUAAUGGGUGCUCUGUGUUUGUGCUUUAUUCUGAUUUCAGUGCUCCAAAAGACACUGUACAAUAAGAGAGGGCACAUGGAAACUACCAAACUACCACCCACCUUUUUUCACAAUAAGCAUGCUGCCUUGUACGGCUGCUGGUUUCCCUACAAUUAAAUAGUAUGUACACCGUAUAUAGCUAUCACAAUGAACUUUUUUGAAUUUUGCUUCUUUUAGU